GGACAGCAGGGGGCGCUCUCUGAAGGACACGCUUCCUGCUCAGGUGGACUUUUAUUUUGAAAGCCGAUUGUCGUCAUCGCAGAGACGUCUCUCUACGUUGUAUGUCGUCGUCGCUGCUCGCCCGUAUGUGGAAAGCAGCAAUGUCGGAGGAGGUUGGGAAGGCGCUACAGUCGGUAGUGGAUCGGGUGAACCAGGCGGCGGUACGGCGGCCCAAGACUCUUCCAGUCGUGCCGCCCCGCCUCGUGGCUGUCAGCAAGACGAAACCUCCAGAGAUGGUUGUGGAGGCGUACAGACAAGGGCAUCGUAACUUUGGAGAAAACUACGUAAAUGAACUGGUGGACAAAGCUUCUGAUCCUCUGAUUUUGGCCUCAUGUCCUGAAAUCAGGUGGCAUUUUAUCGGCCAUCUGCAGAAGAACAAUGUGAACAAACUCCUGGGCGUGCCCAACCUGUUCCUGGUGGAGACGGUGGACUCUGCGAAGCUGGCGGACAGGGUGAACAGCUCGUGGCAGCGUCUCAGAGGAGCCAGCACUCAGAGGUUAAAGGUCAUGGUGCAGCUCAACACCAGCGGAGAACAGAAUAAACACGGGCUACCCCCGGAGGACACGGUGGACACAGUGCAGCACAUCCUGUCUAAGUGCUCCGCUCUGGACUUCUUAGGACUCAUGACCAUCGGUCGCUACGGAUACGACCUCAACCUCGGCCCCAACCCAGACUUUCAGAUGCUGUCGAGUCGGAGGCAGGAGCUGUGUGACAGUCUGAAGCUUCCUCUGGAGCAGGUGGAGCUCAGCAUGGGGAUGUCCACAGACUUCGAACACGCCAUCGAGGUGGGCUCCACCAACGUGCGAGUGGGUAGCGUCAUAUUUGGCAACAGGGACUAUCCCAACAGUGCGACCAACACUCCGGCCCCCAGCCCGGCCCCCAGCCCGGAGAAAACCGGCAAGAGUGUGUCCGAGGAGGCGGCCAAGAAGAUGCAGCACCUGACUGUGUCCAAACCAUAAGGAUCCGCUCGCUCUGAAGUCCUUUAACACUUCACCUGCACACUGGGUAGAGCAGUGGAGCACAUCAUUUCAGCCAUGUGGAGCUAGGAUUGCAAAAGAAUUGUUGCAUAAUUUUAAAGUGUAAUUGCCUAAUCCUCUUCACUUUUUUGUGUGCCCUUGUUGCUCUUUUAAGCAUUAAAAAGCGGCAUUCAGUACGAAUUAGUUGUACCUUUUUAAAAGUUGUGUGUUACUAACCUGUAGUGCUCCGACUUCCUUCCUGCAAUGACACAAACGUAGAAAACACGAUGACAUUUUGAUUUGUUUGGAUUUGUCUUGAUAUUUUCUACCUUCCCAGCCCAGAGGAAGAAUCCCACACGGCACGAUGUACCGUUUUUGUUGUACAGAUGAAACGAAGACUUGAUUUAAUAAAUCAUUUAUCCCUUUAUAAUGACACAUAGUAUUGUGUGUUUCACAUUGUUUCUUAUGGCGUUCCAGCGGUGACAGAUCUCUAUUCUUGAUAUGAACGAGAGGGAACGUGGAGGGAGAGUUUCUGUGGAGUCUUGUGUUUGUGCGUGUUGCAGCUGAGCGAGUGAAUCUAUGCAAAGUGCUGUUUCUGUUUCCAGUGGAUCUCACACUGCAGCUGUACACGCUGUCGCAGGGGAUUCUGUCACAAGGUCGGUGUGUUGUCCUGUCUCCAUGAAAAGUGCUUUUACUGUCAGUGAUCAAACUAAAAGAUGAUUAACGUGUGGUUGCUGUCUUAACUAGCCGUUGUUUGGGGGGGAGGGGUCGAAGAUGAGCAAUAAAUGUUUUUGCUGAACAUUUCUGCCAUUCGCCUUGUAUUUGGCAAAGUGGCUCUAAUAAAACAAAGACAGAAAGUU